CUUUUCCCCUGAUAAUGCUGUUCGAGAGGAUGUGCCUUUGUAUCCCAAGAACCCCACCCGGACACCCUUUGAGAACUGUUUCCCUGGCUCUGGUUUACUCUCAGCUGAGAGGAAGGUCUGGCCACCAGGAAGAAGCUGGCCAAUCCUUUCCAGCUGCCCCUUUGGUUUGCUGCACUUCAUGGGAAGACCGCCUGCUUUGGGCCUUCCAGGAAAGAGCAGUUUGAGCUAGUGGCACAGUGUAUGAGCUUCUCCCCUCUGGACACCAGACGAGACAGCUACCCCUUCUUCCUUAUGAGAGCCCUUCAGAUACUUGGAGGCAAGGAAACAAGCAUCGUGUAAAAAAAAAAAAAGAUCGUUCCUGAAUGCUAGUGAUGGUGAAGCUGGGAAAAGGCUCCUGUAGACUAACACCACCAGGAUGAACCAUCUGCCGGAUGACCUGGAAAAUGCCCUCAGUGGGAGUCAGGGCUCGCAUGCUUCUCUGCUCAAUGUCCACUCCAUCAACCCCAGCCAGCUGAUGGCCAGGAUCGAGUCCUACGAAGGGCGGGAGAAGAAAGGCAUCUCUGACGUCAGAAGGACUUUCUGUUUGUUUGUCACCUUUGACCUCUUGUUUGUUACUCUGCUGUGGAUCAUAGAGUUAAAUGUGAACGGGGGCAUCGAGACCACUUUGGAGAAGGAGGUGAUGCAGUAUGACUACUACUCUUCUUACUUCGACAUCUUUCUCCUGGCCGUGUUUCGGUUCAAAGUGUUAAUCCUCGCAUAUGCCGUGUGUAGGCUGCGCCACUGGUGGGCGGUAGCGUUGACAACAGCUGUGACGAGUGCCUUUUUAUUAGUAAAAGUCAUCCUGUCCAAGCUCUUCUCUCAGGGGGCUUUUGGAUAUGUGCUGCCCAUCAUUUCAUUCAUCCUCGCAUGGAUCGAAACCUGGUUCCUGGAUUUCAAAGUAUUGCCUCAGGAAGCCGAGGAAGACAACAGACUCCUGCUGGUUCAGGACGCUUCGGAGCGGGCAGCUCUCAUACAGCCGCCCGGGGGCCUCUCUGAUGGGCAGUUUUAUUCUCCGCCUGAGUCGGAAGCAGGGUCUGAUGAAGAAUCUGAAGAAAAACAGGAUAGUGAGAAGCCAAUCCUGUAACUGUGGGAAUUCUUUUGAUGAAAUCUCUCCACCUGUGAAUCCUCUCUGUCCCUCUGCAUUUGUGGUGUGAAGGCCCCAGUGUGGCCUGGCUCUUCAGGAGGACAAGUGGGGGCUCUCCCUGGGAAGCCGCGCCGAUCUGCUAAUCAAGGAUUUAUUUAUUGUGAUACCUCACAGAAGAUUGUCCCCCACCCACACGUGUACAUUCGCCGGCCUGGGGCUGACAGCUGGUGCUGUCCUCUGCUACUGAAAGUGAUCUCCUAAUGGGUAGGUAGUCCUGGGAAAGCCUCGUGCUGUAUUCCUAGUCAAUAGACGCCAUGCUAUAUCGACCUAACACAUCUUCUGUAGCGCGAAAGUACGUGGAUUUGUUUCCUGACUCACAAAAUGGGAUUGUUUUAUUUGUCUCAUAGAUUUAUUUUCUAUUUCUUUUUAAAAAAUAACAUGUCCUUGUGUGUUUUUUAAUUCAUGCCUAUGAGCUCUUUGUACAAUUUAAAAACAUUAAUAAAAGGCAACAUACCA